AGAGGGAGCGCAUCCACCCUCCGGACUCGCCCAUAGAUAAGUUGAGAGUGAAUGGUCCAGCUCGCAGUCCAGAGGAGCUUCUCUCUGCGCGCUCUUCCCGGAGCCCAAGUUCGAUGGCUUGACUGCUCGGCUCGCACUCAUGCUCGCAGCCGCGGAGGCGGAGGUUCGGGCCGUCCACCGCCCUCUCACUCUCGCGUGAUUCGGCGCCGACCCGUAACUACUUUCCGACAUGUGAGUGGACGUCCUGUCGCGAUCGAACCCAUCAUGGCUUCAACUCUUCCUGUCACCGAUCGCGUCCCGAACCCUCCCGGCCCAUGAGCACUGCGUUCGUCCGCUGGAACCGGAACCGCUGCCUAGUGUCUUCGCAGGAGGAGGAAUGCUGGUCCGGGAUUGGAACCCAUUAAGUUGUUGGCCUCUCCUCUUCGGUCACUGCUUCGUGUCGCUGCUGCUGCUGUCGUGUCAGGGAGAACUCCAGAGGUCAUGCUCGCGGACGGUGGCAGAGAAAGUUGGCGAGCAGUGCCAGCUGGCAUGUCACUGUAGAAGAUACCCUCCCCUGCCCCCUCCGCCACCACCGCCGCCUCCUCCGCGGCUACAGGGCAGCACAGUGGUGGAGCCCUUGGUGCCGCCUCUGAGGCCGUGGUGGUCUGAGAUGGACUUCAUAGUUCUGGGGACGGUGGGUUGCGCAUCCCUGGUCUUCCUCCUCUCUGCCAUCAUCAUCUGCUACAAGGCCAUCAAGAGGAAACCACUUCGGAAAGAGGAGAACGGGACGAGCCGGGGGGAGUACGCCAUGAGCAUCCGCAACAAGAAGGCCAUGGGUUCCAACAACACCGUGGUGUAGGCGGUGGAUGCUGGACCCUGGACGUGAUGUCAUCACACUCGGUCAAGACCCGUUCUCACCCUGAGAGGACACUCUUAGCAAAACUGCUCGGGACGGAAGGUAAAACCGCAAGCCCACGUCCAUCGGUUGCUGACUGACUGGUUGGCUGCUGGCUGGAGAGAAACUGGCUGCCGGUCGGCUGCAGAUCCAGACGUCACGCACUGUUGACACCUUGGACGCUCCGACAUACACUCACUACAAAAGCAUUGUGCAUGUGUUUUAACAGAGAAUGCUACAUUUUUAUAUUCCAAUCUUUUGUUCUCCACCGACGGAUGCUCUGAGAGACGCGUGAUCAGUCCCGAAGUCAGGGACGUGGAUUUAUCUGACUAUGCAAUUUCAAGGAAUCCGAUCUCCAAAAGAGGACAUCAAGCUAGAGCGUUUCAGCCAAGAAAAGAAACCACUGUGUAUCAUACUUGAGUCACCAUUUACGAUUUAUUUACUUUAUUUUUCUACGUAAAGAUGAAAAUAUAAAAUUGUAUAUUCCUUCAUGUCUAGAUGAAACCUAACAAACAUCUGUUUUUUUAUUAAUUUAUAAAGCCUGUAAUAUACCCGCAGUGUUGGAAGUCUGUCGAUGCAGAGAGUGCGACAACUCUUCGAAUUGUGCUUUUCUGUUUCCCAAGAAUUUAGUUGGCUAGUUGCCAUUGCACGAUGUGAAAAUGUGGGACAUUAGUGAGGACACGUCAUGGCCGCACGAUAUUGUCAAAUCUGUUUGGACGCUAACCUGCCAGUCAGACAUCAACAUUCCCACUGAUUCAGACUUGCCGUGGACGAUUCCUCCACAUUUCUGUGAUUUUUUUUUUUGCUUUGUUGUGAGGUUGAGCUGCACUAGAACAGCUAAACAAAGCUCCUCGACAGCAUUAAUGCAACAUCAGUUGGUGCUUCACAUAGGAAUCAGCAAACACACAACACAAUCGUAGACUUGACAGGAAGUCGGUCCGAACCAAGACUUAGAUUCUAGUUACGAGACUGGAAGUGGGAUAUUUUGUGUCUCAGCGCAUGCUGUGCCAUUUUUUUAUUUAAAUGAAUGGUAAUUGACUAAUAACAAUGAGCUCCCACUGCUAUACAAGUGGAAACAAAGAGAAAUGUUGUUAAACUGCGGUAUUGCUCCACUGACUGAAGCUCAAAUGUAGCUUCAUUGCUAGUGUCUGCUUUCAGGAACACAUAGGGCACUUGAGUUUUGAGGGCCACUCUCUUUCCAUCCUGCUAAUGGCCACAGAUGACCUUAAACAGCGGCACACAUGUUUUGUUGAUGUCACUUGACGGUGUGUCGCCAUGGUCACUGUUGACAGAGCGACUGAACCAUCAGGUCCACUUCAGUUUGCGCUCGCUACUAAACCGAUCAAACAAGAACAGGAACCAAAAGGCACUAAAUAUUUGGAUGUGGAUUCAGGAGACAAGAGCUGUUGUUGAAGAUAUCGUGCAGCGGCCCUGACCUCCUCACAUGUGUCCCCUCCUCUGGCUGGAUCUCUUUCAUUACAGUCGGGGGGUCAGUCGGGUUGGAUCUGACCACUUGUCACUAUAGAAACCGGGGACUUGAGCCCGGCGCUGACCUUGUGACUGGUGAGGGACUUGAGCCAAUAGCGGGGGAUCAGGUUGCAGAGCGAUACGAGUGUGUGUGAGUCAGUGCUGUCACAAGCCUCCUCCACAUCCCCGCUGGAAAAACACAACUGGAGCAUCACUCAACGCUGCGCUUUCCUUUUUUCACCAAACAUUAAAUCCCCCGUGAGUGUGUGAGAGUGUGUGAGUGUGCAUGCAUGAGUGCAGCUGUCAGUCUGGAGGAGAUGAGGUCGGGGGAAAACGCUUGCUUCAGAACAGGUAUGGGCGAGCAGGAAGUGAUGGAUGCAUGAAUGUAAAUAUUGCUAUUUAAAUAUCUGCCUUCUGGACUGUUAAACAUGUACAGUGUCACCGAACCCAUGUCCCUCUGAGGGAGGGAGGAGGGGCGGGGGGGUCUGACUGGGUUCAUCUGAGCAGAAGUGAUUCAGGCUCAUCAAUAUCUAUCAAUCACUGUAGCUGCCGUAGGCCGCAGUGGUCAGUACUUGACUCUUCAAAAUCCUCAAACUGUGCUCUUAGCGUCACACGCUUUUAAAACCGAAAUCACCAAUAACAUGCUCCAUAGACAACAAAAAUAUAAAUAUGAAAUGUAAAAAUGUAAAAAGCAAAAAAUGUAAAGUGCAAAAUACUCUUUUUUAACAGUGCAUGUACAAUAUGCAAAAAAUUAAAAACAGAUUAAAAAACAUUUUAAAAAUGCAGGAAAGUAGAAAAUUAUAUUGUUUGGGUUUGUCGUCUAGAAUCUACUUCAGUGAAGAAAAAAAAACAAGUUUUUCUAUGGUCACAAAUUAUGUAAAUACUUUCAGCCCUUGCUCCUGCAUUGGUCUCAGAAAAAAAAAAUCCCACUUUGCCACUCAAAUUCUACAUAAUCUGAGGUGAAAUUGGUUCAGAAGGGAUCAGACUGCUCCUGAUGUGGUGCCGAACAGCGGACCAACACGAGAACAUUGGCCCAGCGACGUGAACACGUGUUGCCGAACCAGGCUCCCUCAGAGAACAUGGGUUCAGUUGUAACCUUCAGUUUGGACAUAGUAAACUGAAGCAAAUGUGCUACCACGUAGAAAAGAUGUCGAUAUUGUUGUGCGGAGGACCGAGCCACUUGUGUAAAAUACGGCGAGCAGUAGUUCGCGGCGAGCCGGCCACCUUCCUGCUGAGCUUCUCACUUGUAAAUAAACAUGUAAAUAAGAACCGACAUCUCGCUUGUUGAUCUUUUGUUUUCUCAGGUUUAUUUUUCUACUUGAAAUGUUGCCG